AUGGACGGGUACCGCGCCCAGCUCGCGCGCUGGCUCCAGCUCCUCGCCGCCAAGGGCGUCCAGGACCUCCUCCUCGUGAACCGCCCGUGGCCGCUCGAGGUGCCCCUCCCCGCCACGCUCUUCACCAUCACCACCCUCACCCGCCUCUACGUCGGCGUCUGGAAGUUGCCGGGCACGGCCGCCCUGCGUGGCGCCUCCUUUCCCCGCCUCCGGGAGCUCGGCCUCUAUUUCGUCGAAAUGGAGCACGGCGUCGUCGACUCCCUCGUCGCCAGGAGCCCCGUCCUGGAGAUCCUCAACAUCGUGGGAUGCAUGAAGGGUGGGUUGCGUCUACGUCUCGUCAGCCAGAGCCUGCGGUGCCUGCAAAUCUGCGGCUUUGUUUUGGAGGACAUCGCCGUGGUGAAGACUCCAUGCCUCGAGCGGUUCAUCCUGUCAUCGCCUUGCAAACCCGCUGGUGGCUUGUGCACCAGGCUCAGGAUUGUCGAUGCCCCCAAGCUGCAGGCGUUUGGAUAUUUAGAGCCAGGACAGAUCCUAGAGGUCCAAGGCACUGUCAUCAUGCCCGGAAUAAAGGCGAGCGAAAGUGCCUUGCUCACAAGCGUGAAGAUUCUUAGUUUGAAUGUGUGUUUCGGGGUUAGCAAUGACGUUAAGAUGGUGCCCACCUUCCUCAAAUGCUUUCCCAACGCCGAGAGACUGCAUAUUAUGAGCGCAAAAUGUGGUCAGCCCACUGGUAACCGCCUCACCGUCAAGUUCUGGGAGGAGUCUGAUCCCAAACAAAACCUCCUCUCGCGCAUCAACAUGCUGACUUUCCGGGAGUUCAAAGGGGACCGAGGUGAGGUUGGCUUCCUAGAGUUCGUCUUUCAGAGUGCACGGGCGCUGGACAAGGUAGCUAUUUUCAUGGCCAAUCCAAGCUUCACGCGGUUCUCGACGGACGAGGCGCUUGUCAAGGCGCAAUACAGCGCUAGAAACCUGGCGAGUAAAUAUUGUGAAAAGUGCAUCAUCUGGAGUAGCCGUCCUGAAGGAGGCGAUGCUUGGAGCCUCAGAGUCGGGGCAGAUUUCUCCUUCGAGGACCCGUUCACGGUGAUGCCGGCGAGGAAGGAGGACAGCUGA